UACUGUUUUUUUGCACUCGCCGAAAUCGUAAAACAAAUUGUAAUGCCUAAAGAUAUUAACGCAAUAAUCAUAGUUUAGUUGUAGAUAUAAAUUCUGUAAGUUUUGUAUAAAAUGAAACGUGUAUUUUCAAGCAAAUAAAUGGAAAUGAAAUAACAUUGUAACAUAACCUUUACUGAAAGACGUACUGUUUAAAAACAUCGUAAGAACUGUUGAACGAUGCAAAAAUUACAAGAAAGUGUGUUUUCUAUAGUUAAAACUACUAGUUUAUCGCCUGGUGUAUUUAGUUUUUUGCAACCAACCGAAGGUUUUUCAGACAAGACCUUACCUUUGGGUGGAAUCCUCCGUGACACCAAGUAUGGGUGGCUUGCGCUAGGCCCGAAAUUCUGCGUCGUUGAUUUAAGAAGCGGACUAAAAGUAGCCGCGAGGACGUUUGGAUAUGGCAUGAGCAACAGCAUCAAUGUCACAAGUGUUGUUGAACUACCAACACCCCUCACAGAUAACUCUCAACAGCUGAUCAUCAGUCUAGACGUUGAUGGAACAGAAGGACUAAUCUGUGUAUUUCACAUUAAUGGCUCACAGUUACUCCGCUCUAUAAAGACUGAUGUUGUUAUCACAGAGCUAGCAGUUUGCGAUGAGGUGCCUAGUGGGCCUCUCAUGUGUUUCGAUGGACUGGUCAUGGCUGGCACUUGCCGAGGAGAGAUAUACGUUUUUGAUCUCAAUAGAUCAUGCUUGAUACAAGCUUUGAAAGAUAUAUCCCAAGGUUGUGAACACCUAGUCCGUAAUGAAGAGAACUCCAGUUGCCUUGUAUACCCACCUCAGAAAACAUUACAUAAAUUAGAAGGCCAUAGAGAGUAUGCUGUUGAAAAUGAUGAUCAUUUAGCCAUACUUAUGAAUGAUGAUUCAUUUCUUGAAGGGCAAUAUAUUUUUCGUAAUCCUGAUGGCACAGUCAGAAUGAAAGCCAACCAAAAUCAUAUUAGGGUCACAGUACUCCAAUUUAUACCGCAGCUUGGCAGUGUGGCUGUCGGAUUUAACUUUGGAGCUUUCCAAAUCUGGAAUUUAUUAAAUAUGGAAUUGGAAUUCACAUCUCAAGUCAAUGUUGAAUGCUUGCCAGUUACACAUUUUGGAUUCCAGGAGCCCUGUGAUGACCCCAGAGCAUUUUGCUAUUUGUGGGUAGUUUUCUCUGUGAUAGACAGAUUUGAAGAGGAGGAGUUUCCUUUGGCUGUGAUGUACUCUUUGACUUAUCAGGGAAAGAGAAUGUUGACUGAAACUAAAUCUAUAUACCAGGAGUUCCUGAUGGCUACAAUACGUUUUCAAGUAGAACUAUGUGCAAUAGAAGAUGUAUCACAGUUUAUCGGUGGGCGUUGCAUCUCAUGUCACUCUUACUCCAUUCGCUCAACAUUAGGAGAAGAGGGAGAGGAUACAAUGUUAAACCUUUGCCAACUCGUAUGGGAGUGUUGGGGUGAGACACCAGCUUGUAUACAGUAUGGCAUGCUGUUAUUUGAUCUGGACCAAUGGUACAAGGACCAGAUGCCUGCUACAUAUCGAUUAGAAAGUAAUGCAUUCAUGAGCACUGCCAGAUGCCCUGAAAUCAGUCGUGGGACUUGUAUGACACUUGAUUUGCGGCUGGACCCCGCAUCGUUGUCACCCUACUCCCACGCAACUAGACUGGAGGAGCAUUUCUAUCCAAAUUCCCUGCAAUACAAUUGCAUGUGCCUUAAUACGUCGGAGGCGUCGACCAUACAUACAGUUGGGGUGCAGCGUCAGAUUCUGCGGUCUAUGUGCUCUGCAGGGCCCAGCUGUCUCCUGAGCCCUACGAGGUUGCACUCCGCGUGUCGCAUUGCAGGCCUGGCGCCGCUCUACUGCGAUGUGCACGCACCCUAUGCGCCCACGCCGGAUGAACAACGUAACUUCCUGUUAUCUGUGGCGCUAGAAGCUCGCCUGUCUCGAUUUCUGAAACGUUGCGCACAUGAUUGGGCAACCGGUACGCAUAGUGGAGUUGGCUGCACUCUCACUUUUUUGGUUGACUGGUGUUGGAAACGUGCUAUUGAGCUGAAGGAAAACGCAAAAGAACUGACGGCGCCGUUGUUUACUUCAUCCACAUUACCAGACAGAAACGUCGUCCGGUGCCUGGAACACUGCGUGCAGCAACUGACAGCUCUCACAGGUCUUUUGGAUGCUAUACUCACAAAGUGCUGUAACCUUGUUGUGCCUGAUGCACUAAGUGAAAUGGAAGAGAAAUAUAAGGGCAUAGGCACAGUGUCGCUUUACUUUCAAGUGGUGCAGUGGUUUGUACGCGUGGGCCUACUACCCGAACGUCUGCACUCGUUCGACGCGUUGCCUUACCCCGCUCCCCAGCUCUACUCCACUUACAAUAAACGCCGUAUAAAACUGCAUAGAUUGCAAGAUAAACCAGAAGAAGUCUCAGAGAACAAGUCCUGCCCACUUCUUUACAUUGACCAACUGAUUGAACACGAGUUCGGCGGUGAAAGAGUACAUCAGAUGUGGGUAAAAGGUGGAAGCGAAUGCGAAGGUCUCUACCCCCCGCCAUCGCUAUACGCAUUACUCCGACUUUACCUGUUACCGGAUAUCGCUCUGGAGCAUAAACACUCACUGCUGCUGUACCUCCUGCUGGACUAUUCCAUGCUGUAUGAUGAAAUGCGGUAUGAGGCGGUGAUCCGUCGAUUGAUGCAAUUCCCAACCAUGUUUGGUCUCAGCAAUACUGCUAUUAAGGCCACACAGGCUUUUUGGCAUCUCGAUCACAGGGACUUUGAUUUUGCAUUAGACCAGCUGCAAUGUCUAACUGGCAACACGCUAUCGGGCUGGCAACACCACGUGGUUUUAUCGUCGUUACUAGCUCAAAAAGAGACGCAAGCCGCAUUACAAUAUUUACACGUUAAAAAACCUCCGCCCAUACAGAACAUGAAGGACGGGGAAGACAAUGUGAACGAACAUUAUAAAUUGGAGGAUUGGCAAUCUUGCUGCAAUUUAUAUUUGGCAAGGGGACUGGUGUUUGAGGCGUUGGAUGUCAUCAGAAUGUGCGUGCGGAACGCCGAAACGGUUGGAGAUAAAGCGCAUUUGCUGAAUUUCUUUUAUCGAGGUUGUCGCAACACCGGCCAGCUAUCGAAGGUCCUCCAAGUGACACUGCUGCCUUUUGAAGAGGAAGUAUUCAUUAAAUAUCUACAGGAUAGCAACGAAUCACAAACGUCUGAACUACUUGUCAUGUAUUAUUUGCAACAGGCGAGAUACCUAGAAGCAGAGCAGUACAACAAAAAACUAAAGUCAAAAGUGCGUCCAAAAGACAUGGCAACGUCCGCGGAGUCUAUUCUGGAUGUGUUAGACAGAGAGAGCGCUAGAGACACGCUAGUGGAGGUUGUCUGUUCCACUCUGCCCACAAUCGCCACCUCAGUUGCCAGAUGUGCCUUGACGGACUAUGAACCUCACAUCGUAAAACCGAAGCCUAUGUCAGUCUACGUGCAAGCGUCAACCCCCAAAAAUACAUUCACCUACAAGUCGUCAUUCAUACAGGAUACCAUAGAGAAUGCAAGCGAAACAUGGUUCAAUAAGCCAAAGACGAGAAAAGGAAUGAAACGCGUACUCAACGUUCAAGACACUCCAUUUAUUUGCACUCCUAAGUCAUAUAAAUCGAGGAGCCUACUGAGUACAGAACAAAGAGGAUCGGAAGCGACACCACCUAAACGAGCGAAAUUAGACCUUAGCGGUACUCCUCGAACACCUAAAAUGCCUUGCACUCUCAAAGUCAGUGACGCUCUUAGUCAACAAAUGGCCAGCCUGUUGGACAUGCCCGAAGUGCAAACCCCACAGAAAUAUUACGACAGGAGUGGAGCUGAGACCCCACAGAGUAUACUGAAAAAUCGUCGACUGGACGACCGUGAUCGAGAUGCGCCUUCGCCCGCUGACUCUAGAUACCUAUGUGACAGCGAUGAAGAGGAAUUAGAGACCGCUAGCAAUCAUACACAUUACAGUGACUCUACUAACAAGCAUCUACGCUUCACGAUUCCAACGGCUUCGGAAGGGGAGUCAACGCCCUCUCCUGUUGCUGUUCCAGUUAGACAGGAACCGAGAGAGACAGAAGAUGAGAGCGAGAGAGGCGGGCACAGUGAUAGCUACAAGAGUACCAUGAGCGAAGUGCAUCCUAUGGAGUCGCCGCCAAAGAAGUUCGCCGCUGAAGAAGUAAAGUCUAGAAAAGCGUACAAGGACAGUGUACGGGCCAGGCGAUCUUUAUCGAUAUCGGCCAACAGUAGUUUAUCCGAAGACCCGAACACUUCUGUGGAAAGCAUCGCAGAUAUACCAGUCACACUUUUCAACCCGCGUUACUCGGGGGAGAAGAAACGUCACUCGCUCUCGGAUUAUUCCGAUCACAAAGAAAAAGAGAGUGAGAUUAAACAGGAUGGAGAAGAGACAGAGAUGGAAAUUGAAGAAGGAAAGAAGACAGGAACAGAAUGUUCAAGUGAUACAUUUGCGCCUCGGACUCCGCAGGGUCGUAGGAGUAUUAGGUCUUUAGGAGUUGGAGAAAGUACGCCUAUGAUCAACAGAAGUCGUUCCGGUACUCCGGAAAGGAUGGAUUCACCGGUUGUAACUCCGUUGCGAACUACAAGAGCGACUAGGACCAGGUCGAGGUCGCGUACGCCAGAGCUAAGUCCACGUUCAUCUCCACUGCCACCGAUUUUGGAACAACCCAAGCAUGAGGUGGAAAGUGAGCCUCAUCCCAAAGCUACGACACUGAGCGUUCCUAGAGCACUAAGAAGCAGAUCGCGUACGCCGGAGAGACAAGAUAAACCCUACAAAGAAUCUCCACGUCUAGAAGCUAUUAAGGAAUCUCCCACUAAGACUUCCGAAACGCCGCCCGCGUCUCCUUCCAGACGCAAUUUGAGAAGUCGCUCACGCACCCCUGAAUUGACGGCCGUAGUUGACCAACCUGCAAGUCCGCGUAGCUUGAGGAGUCGCUCACGCACUCCAGACACAGAAGUAAUGGCCGAAGAAAAAGUUGUAGCUAGUCCUCGCAGUGUAAGGAGCCGCUCUCGUACUCCUGAAAUAGAAGUUACUUCGGAACCGGCCUCUGCAACAAGUCCACGUAGUUUAAGAAGCUGUAGAGCAAAAACACCAGAAAAACUAAUGUCCCCAAAGAAGGAGCAUGUUUCACGAAGCAGAAAAUCUCUCAGUCGAAUUGUUCUCGAAGCGAAUACAUUCGCUAAAACUAAACAACAACUAGAGAUAAUGGAGGCUGAAUCGGCACAAGAAAUGUCCGAAAGCGCUAUUGAAUGCACGCCAAUGAAGUCCUCUAAAGAAAUGCCUGGUUUAAUGGACAUUAAUUUCUCACCUAUAACUAACAAAUCUAUUUUACAAAGUUCAUCUGAAAGUCUAUCAAUCAGUUCGGAAAAAGACAUUAAAAACAUAGAAAACAGUAAUCCUGUUGUAAAACCUUUACCUUCAUUCACAAUAAACGAGUCUAUAACAGAAAAAUCCGUGUUACAAAGCUGCGAUAGCAGUGUAGCCGACAAUAGUGAUACUCAUAAAGAAAAGGGUGAACGAUUAGUCACGGUACAAAGUGAUAUAAAACUACCAGCUUUCACAACUAUACAUGAAGAUUUCGGUAAAUCAGUACUGCAAAGUGCAGAAAGUAGCAUAUUUGAAUCAAGUCAUCAAGAAACAAAUGUACAGAUCAUUAAAAAAGUUGAGGAAAUUCCGAAGAUUUCUUUCAAAUUUAAUGAGACUGAAACAGAGAGAUCAGUUUUAGGAAGUUGCGAAAGCAGUAUAGCUGAGGAUUCCGUUAAUAGAAAUUUGGCUGAUACUUUUAUAGAUCGGUCAAGCAUAAUGACGAGUGAUAGUGAGGUUGAAAUCAAAGAUACAUGGAAAUCUCAGAUGGAGACACAGGCGAGAGUAAUCCAAAGAGAGAAGGAGAGUAUUGUUGACAUUGAGAGAGAGAUUAAUGAGAUUGAAGGAGAGAUGUCGGAUGAUUGCCGCGUUGAAACUGAUUCCGGUGAUGGAGAAAAUGAGGAAGAUGAGGAUGAAGAUGAUUCCAGUGAUGGUGAUGAAGAAGAAAGUGAGGAAUCGGAAAUGGACGAUGAUGAGCCUAAUGAUAUAAUUUCUAUCGACGAUUCGGAUGAGUCAUCAGAUACAAAUAAACUGCAAAUAGAUGAACAAUCAUCUGAUGUACCAUUAAAACCAGAUUCACUCCAAGAGAUUGAAUUAGUCGAGCACAUUGAAGAAAUGCCAACAGCACAGGACCCAAUUGAGAAUAUGCCUGCAGAUAAAGAUAAUAUUAAAGCGAUAACUACAGAAUCUGAUGUAGUUAAAGAAAUGCCUGCAGGAAACCAAAAGAUUGAAGAAGAUGCUAACCUAGACACAAAUACAGUUUUGAAUAAUGACGAUCAAACGGUUAUGGAAUCUGAAUCGGUUUUAGAAGACACUACAAUAAAUCAAUUAGAUCAAGCUCAGAUGUUGUCUAUGAUUACCGAUGAUAACUCAGUUGUUGAAUCAGAUCGAUCCGUUCUGAACUAUUCAGAUGAACAUAAAGUUGAUGAAGGCGAUAUGAAAGACAGCGGUGAGGUCGCGAUGGAUAUUGAUCAACCUAAACAAACACCACAUCUUGAUAAAACUAAGCAUGAAAAUGCAGAUCUUGCUAAAGAUUUAGAUAUUGUUGAUGCAGGCGUUCCCGACGUAAACCCUAUAGCUGUCACGAUAGAUGAACAUAUCAAUGAAGAAAAAACCAUUGAAAGUGAAACCAAAACUGAUAAAACACCAGCAGAAGUGAUCGAUAAAACUGGAGCUGAAAAAUCAAGGGAGGGUACCGAAUCAGAAAAUCCAACGUCUACGAGAAAACGUGCGAAGUCAACUUCCUCAAAUAAAUCAAAAGACGAGACAGAACCCAAAACUCCAGUGAGGAAAAGAACUCAGUCAACAACUUCCAUUAAAUCGGAUACUGCAGAAACACCUGACGGCGAAGCACAAGAAGUUUCUACCCCAUCAUCUAGAAGACGCGCAAAAACACCUACAACUACAGAAGUUAGGAGAGUACUUACUCGUAGAGCUUCCAAAGAAUUACACGAGGAUGUGUCUGAGGUAGAUGAAGAAGUUCUGACACCAAGACGUCGCUCUACACGUUCUAGAAGUAAGGUAGACGAUGACAACAUGAGUGUUGCUUCUGACGCAUCUGUCAAAUCCUCUAGAAGCAAGGCAAGUGAGGAAGCUGGCGACGCGAAAGGCGUCAGGAAACGAAGGCAAUCGGUGCUGAAGCCCGAGUUGACUGUGAUACCAGAAGUUAGUGUUGAGGACUCGAAGUCAGAAUCAGUUGAGGAUAUCAUCAGUGACUACUCCAAUACUAGAAGGCUGACAAGACACCAAAAAGUAAUGCUGGAUUCAUUGCUUGAACCGAAAAGUCCCCGCACUCCCCGUCGCAGAGCCAGUGCUACUUCUCGCUCCGAGAUGGAAGACGACGAUGUAUUGUCCGGUGCUGAUGAAGGCUCGGUUGGAACUGAAGAAUCGCGAGCUUCUCCUGACUCCACUUCCGCUACUAAACCGCGAGCUCGUUUAGCGAGAGCCGCGUCCGAGUCGAAAGCAUCGCCGAAACCAGUUAGAGCCGCUAGGAGAGUGUCUGUUGAUAUUGCAACACCAGUGGAAACUGCGUCACCAGCCAGCCCGGCCCGUGGUCGUAGAGCGUCUUUCACGCGCGCUUGCGAAGCAUUACAUACUCCUAAGGGCAGACGACCCUCUACUGAGAUCAGGAGUCAACAUGGCUCCCCGGCGUCAGAAACAGAGGCCCCGGCAACCCCGGGUACUCCGGGCCGACGCGGGCGUCGCACCUCCAGUACCAGCCAGAAAUAAUACCAUACAAUUAUCAUAUGCCUAAUGCAGUGAAAUCAAGAGAACACCAGUGACUAAUUUAUUUAAUUUGGUUUCCGUUUUGUACUAAUAUAAUAUUUUUGUGUCUCGCAUUUACAUAAGAAAUAAAAUAAGCAUAACAAUUAAAA